AUGAGCUUGAGCCAGCCCUCGUCCGAGCUGUAUGCUGCCUCCGCCGGCAACGACGACAACAACAACAACAACAACAGCGACGGCCACGGCCACGGCAACGACACGGAGGGCGUGACGGACGUGCUGCGCCUGGCCAGAAGCGUGGCAGCCAACGCGCCACCCGUGGCCGGCAUCACGCCCCCGCCGUCGGGUCCCUACUCCACUCUCCCGAAGCUUGACGCACAGACUGCCCUCCUACGCUCUCGCCUCGACGCCCUCCGCCGCACUCUCCACGGCUCCCCCACGUUGGCCUCGUCCCACAACAGCUCGAGUGUGGGCGCCACGCCUCCGCCGCCCAUGCGACCUCGCUUCCUCCUCAAGGCCGAUGUCAGCGGCCCUGCUGCGCACAGCUUCGAUGCCCACACCCCGCCCACCGGCGGCAGCAGCGAAAAGCAGACAAGCAGAGCGCUGUCUUUCGGGGCCUCGGUGAGCGACACGCCGACGGCUGCGUCGUCCCGCUCGCCCGCGACCGCGAAGGCCGACGGCGGCGGCGGCAGCGGCAGUAGCAACAGCAAUCAUCAGCUCAUGUCUCUCCCGUCCACGCCCACCACCGCGCUUUCCUCGAGCCGCGAGGCCGCUCGCGCCAUGCGAACGGCCAACCGGCGCAGCCUCCCCGCCCAGCUCGACCUCCGCCCCGCCCUGCGCCGCCAGGAGGCCGCGACCGCCGCUGCGACCUCGGAGCACAAGGAGCAGCGACCAGUGCCGCGCCGCCCCGCCCCGUCCGCCAAUAAGACGACGACGGCGCGCGCAACGCAAGUCAAGGCGCGCGCGACACUUGGAAGGGGCUCGUCCCCGGCGGGUGGCGAGCAGGACAGCGCGCCGAUCGACACGGAGAGGAGCGACCAGUCGCCGGUCCCGCGAGGCACCACCACUGAGGGCACCGCGAGCCUGCGCGCAAGCACCCGCACGCUGGAGGGCGACGAGAGCGCGGGCGGCACCGGCACCGGCGCCGGUAAUGGUGGUCCGCUCCAGGAGGACAACCCCAUGAGCCACGUGCUGCGGGAGCGCGAGGAGCGGCGGCGCUUCGUGGAGGAGGACGACGAUGAGUGCGACCUCGUGCGUGACCUCCUCGUCCGGCCCGAGUGGCAGGCUGCUCUCUGGCACCCCGACUCGCCCACCGCGGCACCCGAGGGGGCGAGCCGAGCAGCAGCAGCCAGGCCGCCCCUCCGGCGGGUGCUCUCCCUCGGGUCCCUGUCGCCCUCCUCCUCUCCUGGCGGUGCGGCGGCGGAAGCCGCGUCCUUCUACUCCUACCGCCCGACCAAGGGCGAUGCCAUCGACGUAGAGCUGGCGCGCGUGAUCCGGGAAAUGGGCUUUUGCAAGACUCUGCUCGACAUCCCGCGCAACUUCCAGCGAAUCGGGGCGGGCCAGUAUCAGUUCGGGACGAAGAAGAUUCGUCUCGAGGUGCAGGGUGGCAAUCGGCUCAUGGUGCGCAUGGGCGGGGGCGGUACCAGUUUUGUAGCCUUUGUGGACAACCCAGAGGCCCAAGACCAAGACUGCUGGGGUAAAGCAUCACCAACCACCAAAGGUGGCAACAACAACAAUGGCAGCAGCAGCAGCAACGACACACACAUCGCGGGGGGCAAGUACGACCGCCGAGACACUGCCGCCAUCCAGAAGGACCCGUGGGUGGAGUGGGCCGAGGGUCUGCCCACCAACGAGCGCGUCGAGGAGGGCCUCCAAUGGCUCGCCAGCGAGCUGCGCGCCGCGGAAAAAGCCGCCCACGUGGACGAAGUGGGCCGCCGGCUGCUCGUCGACGCCCAGCGAGCCGUGGAGCAGCUGGCCCGGCUGCAGCGCGAGAAGAAUCCCGAGGACCACCUCCAGACGGCCCUUCGCGAGGCCCUCCUGCUGCGCCACGACCUCCGCGAGCAGGCCGCACACGCCCCCUUCCGCCUCAGCCCUGACCCGCACCUCGCCCGCCUCCACGACCUCUCCCGCGCCGCCGCCCUCCUCGCACGCGACCUCGUGGGCGAGGCCGUCACGCAGGGCCGGUUCGCGGGGGACGUGGCAGCCCUACUGCAGGUAGUCGGCGAUCUGUUCGAGGCCGGACAGCAGGCCGAGGCGGUCGCCCCGACUCUCGAAGCCGCCGUACCACACCGCGCCGAGGCCUACCGCCAGGCCGUGGCCGCCAUGGAGGCCGAGGGCGGCCCACCUUCGCAGGCCGACCAGUACCCGCUCCACCACCACCCCGCCGCCGCUGCCGCCGUCCCGCACCGGGCGAGGAAGACGAGCGACGAGGAGGCGGCGCUGCCCUCCAUCUCGCAGAUGACCAAGGGCAAGGUGGUGCCGCCCUCCACCAACGCCCUCGCCGGCCCCUCCGCCGACCUGCCCGAGGUGCUUCCCACCGCCGCCGACCGGCCCCUCGCCAUCUACCCGGGCACCCACACUGUGCCCUCCGUGCCCCCCAUGGGCCUGGACCAGCCCGCCGCGGAGGACCUCCAGCCGCGAGACCGGCGGCUGAGCGACGAGCAGCUGGAUGACUUCUACCGGCGCUUCGUGUGCGCCUUCAACGCUCUCGCCCAGAACGAAUCCUCCAAGAAGAUCCUGUCCGACGAGAUGGCGCUGCUGCGUCAGUUGUGGGGCGUGGCUCCCUCGCUGGAGAGCGGGGCGUCGAGCCUGGAGCAGGUGCUGCGCAACGAGCACCUGGCCAAGGCCCUCCGCAGCGCCAAGGGCCUGCUGGAAAGCUUCCUGGGCGGGCGCACCCUCGACUCCCUGGUCUACCGGCUCGUCGAGCUCUACGAGCUCACCCUCGGGCACAAGCAGGCCCUCGAGUUCUUUGCCAGCGCCGGCGACUACCUCGCCAAGGUCCUCGCCCACCCCGAUCUGCUCUCCCAGGACGCCUACCGCGCCAAGGGUCUGCACCUGCUGAAGCGGCUGCGCGAGGUCAACGAUACGGUGCUCAAGGGGCGCCUGACGGGCCUCGUGGCGGAGAUGUCCCUCCUGGCCGGCAGCCUCGCGGCGGAGACCUCCCUGCGGGAGCUCAAGGACAGCGUGGCCCUCCUCGCCCGCGAUCUCGCCCUCAGCCCAACCGGUCGCUUCGCCAUCAAACCCCACAUGUGGAGCCAGUUGCACACCAUCAUCGCCCACGGGGUGCGCGAGAGGUGGCAGGUGCCGCUGCCCGACAUCCUCCUCCAGGGCGAUCUGUUCGAGGCGCGCGUCAUGCGGGGCCGGAUCGCCGCCCGCCACCUCGUGCCCCGCGAGCUCCUCAUCGAGGACCGAGGCAAGAUGCUGGUAGGGCUGUCUGACCUGCGCCAGCCUAAGGUGAAGGCCACGGCCAAUGGGAUUCGACUUUCGCUGCGCGGGAUCAACGUGGACAUGCACAACGCGCUGGUCACCUUCAAGAGCGGGGGCGUGCUGCAACUGCUGCCGUCUGCGCUCAAGUGGCCGCUCUCCUUCCUUCCGCUCCCUGACCUCUCCGUGGCGGAAGCCGGCAAGCUGUCGGUCUUGAUGGGCGGCGACGGCAUGGAUCUCUUCAUCACCCUGCGUACCCACAUCAGCGCGGACACCUUGUUUGAGAUUGAGCGGGUCAGCUGUCGCGUCAACAACCUCGACCUCUUCAUCAGCGGCACCAAGCACGAUGCGCUGUACAACGCCAUCCUCACCACGUUUGCCGGCCGGUGGCGGCAAGAGAUCGAGGCGGCCAUCCAAGACACGAUCAAGGCCAGCCUCGAGCAGCUCCACAACGGCCUCGCUGGCAGUCUCCUGCACGACCUGCUGGCCCAGGCCCUGGCGCCCAUCAAGGACGCCACCCAGCUGGCCAAGCUCGUAGAGGCGCUGCUGGCCAGCCCCAGCGUACAGGAGGAGCUCGUGCCGGGCAUGCUGAAGGGCACCCUCUUCCCCGCGGAGGAUGCGCAGGCCAGCGCACGCACCGCCAAGUAG